AAAAAAAAUUUUAGAUGCCUUGUGGAGGCUGCAUUCUACUAUUUUAAUAUCUGAGCAUGCACUUAUCUACAUGUUUUUCUCCUAUGUUACAAUGGUCUAAAAAAUGCAAAUUAAAAUUCAAAUAAAUAUAUGACCUCAUAUUGUUUAUGUUUUAACUAUUUGACGAAAAAUAUAAUAUAUUGGAUUCGAAAAAUUUUUUUAUUUUAAUAAAUUGACAAACAGUGGGAUGAAAAGUUCAGCUGAAAAAAAAACCACAUGGCGACGAAUUAUUGGGAAAAAGAGACUGUUUUAAAAGACGACACAAUUGAUAUUGAUUGUCGAAAUGAGCAGCUUAUUCAAUCAGUAAAAACAACAAUUUCUAGAAUAAUAGAGAGUAAGCAGCUUCGACAACUACCAGACAGUAGUUUAUCCUCUAAAAUAGAAGAAAAAAAUAAUCAGAUCGUUAGUUACUCCGAAUCACCACCUGGAGCAUUUCACUGCAAAAAUGACUUCAGCCAAUUCCAUCACCACGGAAGCCCUAGUAACCCGCAAUUACUCCAACAUUAUAUGUCCCCCAUCGGAGUAUUUUGGGACAUUGAAAAUGUUCGAGUGCCUAGAGGCAAAUCAGCAUCCAGCAUAGUGCAAAUUAUAAGAGAUAAGUUUUUUAGAGGCUAUCGUGAAGCGGAAUUUAUUGUUGUAUGUGAUGUUAACAGAGAAAGUAAACAAGUUAUACAAGAAUUGAAUGAUGCGCAGGUAAGCUUGAUGCACGUACCGGCGACUUUUAAAAAUGCUGCUGAUGAAAAACUUAAACAAUCAAUACGGAGAUUCGCUGAUACUCAUGGUAGUGCAGCUACAAUUGUUGUAAUAUCGGGUGAUGUUAAUUUUGCAGCUGAUUUGAGUGAUUUGCGACAUCGUAAAAAAAUACACAUUAUAAUUAUCCAUAAUGAGAAUUCUGCAUCAAAAGCACUUAUUCAGUGUGCCAAUGAGGAUUAUCAUUUCAAAGAUCUUAUAGAACGAAUACCUUCUAGACAUCCUGAUGAUUAUAUUAAGGACAACGAAAAGUUUGACCUUUUGGUAACCAAUCUUCCGAAGGAUAAAGGAUUCCAAGCAGUAAGAAAUAGACUUCAACGAUUAUCAGACAAUUGCGGUGGACGUGUAGUUACGGUAAAUUCAGGAGUAGCAGUAGUACGCUUUGGACAACAAGACUGGGCUAAAAGAGCUCAACAGCGUAUAAAUGGCACUGAUGUAUUUGGCUCUACGAUAAAGGUGAGCUCAUUCAAGGAUAAUACUAGCCUAACAUUUGAAGAAAAAAAUAACUUGGUCGACCGGAUCACUGUUUUAGCAAACGGAGCUGCUGUUAGUUCACCAUUACCAAUGUAUCAUCCAAACGCAAACAUUCCCAGUGUCCGUAGUCUUCCAGGGACGCCUCAAUAUAAUUCAUCGUCGCCUGUCGUCGGGGCAUUUGCCGGCUGGAACGGCGCUCACUCAUUCAAUUCCGGGACUCUUCCGGGACCAAUACUAGGACGUACACACCCAGGAAAUGGAGAUGCGUACAAUCGACAGUACGCGGACAUGAAUCGUGGGCCGUCACCUCUAAUUUGGAAUAAUCCAAACCAACACCAGUUAGGCCGUUGGGAAGAUUUUGUAUCAAUGAAACGGCAACAAAAAGACUACGGCAGACCUGGAACUUCAGUACUGCAUCAAGAUAAUAUCGGAGUAGACUCUACUAGCCACGAAUCAGAUACAUCACGUCGUAAUCGUUCUCAUAGUUCCAUGAACUCUACUCAAGAUUCAAAUAGUUUAACGCGUCCAAAUUCUUUUCAAUCAGCCGGACCAUCGGCGUAUAAACAAAAUUAUCUACAUAGCAAUAAUCCGAAGCGUAUCAGUCCAUUACCAAAUCAUCCGAGGAAUUUAGAAAGUGGAUAUCAUAGUAAUAAUGGUCAAAACUAUCCAAAGACACGUCGCUCCGCACGAACGCCUUCUCCGUAUAAAAAUCUAUCUGCGCACGUGUCUAAUAGACAAACAAUUGUAUCACCUUAUCCACACAACGAUCCAACGAAAGAUAAUGAUAAGUUCUUUAAUCCGAUUAACCAUCCCAGUAAUACUUCCAGUAGUAAUUGCAGCAAUAGUACUAGUAAUAGUAGCCCGAUAGAUAUUCAAGUUACUAAUUUAGAUCAAAAUAUCGAAGCCAAAACAAUGUGUCGUAUAUUACACUCGAUGUUUUCUGAACACGUGCGCGUUGAACAUAUUGGUGUUUUCAUGCAGUCGGACGGUAAUUAUGCGAUAAAUGUUAAACUUGGAUCGUUGUCAGAUGUACAGUAUGCAAUAUCACAACUUCAUCGCCGUAAAAUUGGAUUUAAGAGAAUAUUAAUGUCAUAUGGACAUACUAGUGGUACUAAUCCACAAAUAGUACGUUCUCAAAUAAUAAUGUUGCUUCUAGAAGUACCGGGGUACCAAUUACCACUAUUCAAAUUUCGUGAAAUGUAUGAAAAUCGAUUUUUAAUGCCGCUUUCUGUGUCCGAACUUUAUAAAAUGAAGGACGUCUGUAAUGUAAUUGAUGAUAAAAGCGGACGCAUGGUGGCUCUAAAUCCAGAAUUCCGAAAUUCACCAUCACCUUGCAUCGAAAAUAUAUCUCAGAAUGCUGCUAUGGAAUUACCGUACUGCCAUAUACACUACCAAAAACCAGGUUCUGACAAAGGAUGGGCUGAGCAAGAGAUUGAGUCUUUACCGAACGUAAUGAUGUCGUUGAAAUUAUUAGGAUUACAUAUUGAGAAACUUCUAAUUACGCACAACGGAAAUCUGCCAUUGCUGACUUUAACUUUUUGCUACGAAGCCGAGUUUAAUGAAACUCUAAAAACUACUGAGAAUGGAGUAUCACUCGAGCAUUUAAUCUCUUGCCUAAAUUUCGUGGAGAUUAAACAAGUAAACAAUAACAUUAAAUAUAUAAUUUGGGCUAAAGAUAAAAAUGUUGAUUAUCAUGAAGAAAUAAGAUGUGCUAGCCCGGCUCUAUAUAAUCCGCUAAUGUUGUUCAGUCGAGAGUUGGUUGAUCUAUUGAAAACUGCGCCACACUGCCAGAUUAUUUUCAACAAAUUCAUUCCAGCUUAUCAUCAUCAUUUUGGACGACAGUGUAGAGUUGCAGAUUAUGGCUUUACAAAACUAAUUGAUCUGCUGGAAGCUUUACCUGGUACUAUUCAGGUGAUGGGCGAAGGAAAUAAAAGGGCAGUAACUCUGUCACAUCGCGCCCAAGUACGUCGCUUUACUGCUGAUCUUCUACGUGUUUUAAAAGCUCAAGCAAGCAAACAAGUAACACUCACGGAUUUUCCAGCUGUAUAUAGCCGUGUGAUGGCCAAACAAUGGGAUCCAGUUGAUUAUGGAGUUUGUGAAAUAGGUGACAUACUAAACGAAGUUUCUGAAUAUACAGUCGCCGUGAGUGAAGUUGACGGUGACAAAGUGAUUGCGAUGCCUAAAAGAGAACAAACAGCCGAAGAAAAAGAACGAACAAAACAGUUUAGUUUGGAUGCUAUUGAAUUGCUUGGACACAGUCCACAUUGCACGAUGCAGUUUAAUAAAUUCGUCCCAUCUUAUCAUCAUCACUUUGGUCAUCAAUGUCGUGUCUCAGAUUAUGGAUUCACUAAAUUGAUCGAGUUGUUUGAAGCUAUUCCCCACGUUAUUCAGAUUAAGGAUGUUCCUGAUGGCGAAAAACUUAUCACUUUAACUGAGCCAGAACGUUUACGUGUUCUGGGAGAACAAAUUAAUAAACUAAUAUCUAAAUAUCCAAACGGAUUAUUGUUGUCCAAAGUUGGACAAGCUUACUCACGUCAAUUCGGCUACCUACUUAAUCCAGAAUUGUACGAUUGUCAUUCUUUAGAAAAACUGUUAGGUAAACUCAGCAACUUGGUACAAAUUAUACAAUCACCAGAUGGACCAACAGUUAUUCGGGCAGAUAAAUCUCACUCGCAAUUUUUGGGAUUGAAGUGCCGUAGAAUUUUAAUGGAUCAAUGUCAACAGCGUUUACCUGUCCAUGAAUUCCGUCGUAUCUACGAAAAGUAUUUCGGAGUACCUUGUGAUCUUAGCGAAAUUAAAAAUGAUUUAAAAGAUAUAGUUGAAUUUAUAACUGUUAAUAAUGAAGAAUUUAUCGGGCUAACAGCUCUCCAAUGUUUUGCCUGCAAUCUGUAUCGUGUUUUAAUGAAACAUCGUGGUAAAUUAAAUCUCGAACUGAUUGAAAGUGCUUACUCAAAUGUCACUGGCAAUGAAUUCAAAGCAACACACUAUGGAUUUUCGUCAUUAAAUGCUCUUCUUCAAGCGCUACCAUGCACCGUUACGAUCAAAGAAACUCGUACUAAAAAGAAAAUAGUAUUUUUAAACAAACAAUUAGAAACAGUAGGAAUUCCGAUACCACCACAAUUAACAUCUCCGAACAGUGAUCAAGAACCUAAUAGUGAACCUGCUACACGAACUCAAUCAUCUCAACCAAACUACGGGUCUGUGUCAUCAAGACUGAGCGCAUGGGCUGAAAAUAGUCUCCAAAAAACUUGGAGCAGCCUAAAUGAGGAUAAUAAAUGGAGUCAAGCAGCAACUUCAGGAUCAAAACACUCUGAUCAGUGGCCAAUUAUUGAUGAAAACGGUGAAACGUUUCUUAAAAAUAUUGUCUCACGCACAUCGUCGACGUUUAUGGACAACAUACCAAUGGGUAAUAAGACUGGGCUGUCAGAUUCUAUCAAUCAUGAUGACAGUAACGGUGAGUCUGGAGUGUGGUCAUCACCACCUCGUUAUAUUCCGAAUACUUAUUCAACGAAUGUCAACUUACCUCCGUUAACGUUACCUGAAUGGGUUCACGAUGAAGAAGACGACCCUACAAAUCUGCUGUCUCCCGCGAAAAAUCUUUUAUCUGCUGCAGCCGAUCCUCUGAAUUCAUUUUACCCUAACCACAUGAUAACGGCUCCUCAUCCAUCUGAACUGCCACUUCCUUCGCUAUCGCUGGUUCCGAAGCACAAUCUAUUUUCAGAAUCUUCCAGGAAAAGUGAAGAUAAAAUAGAAUCACGUAACCUUGGCAAUUCACUUGAGAUAUUGAGCCCAAAUCGUUCUAAUAACACAACUUCUGAGAGCGAACCGUCGCAUAACACAAUGGAGAGCGAAAUUUCGCACAUUCUCGACAGUACACCAAAAAAAAAGGCAACAGGUAAACGAACUAGUAAACUUGCAGCUCAAUUUGAUCAACCCAUCGAUUCAUGAAAUAAAGAUGCUUUAUUGAAGCAUUCAUUUUUAUUAGUUAAACUGAUUAAAAUAGUAAUCAAUUAAUCAGAAUAAUUAAUUAAAUAAUUAUUAUAUGGAUCGUGUUAUUUUAACGAAAAUAUUAAUAUCAAAAUAAGUAUUUUGCAAGUUAAUCAUAAUACUAUUUUAGGUUUUUUAUAAAUAAUGAAAAUACACAUCUCUCAUUGGUAUCGCAGAGCAUUUUUCGAGGCUGUGAUAAAAGUAACAAUUAAAUAAAAUAAUAUAAUAUUGUAGAUAUUAUUUGUAUAAUUGUAAUUACUUAAAUCGAUAGUAGAAUUCAUAGAUGAUUAAUUUUUCAUUGUUGAAUUAUUUAAAUAACUUUGUGAUAAAACUAACAUAACUUCUAUUCAUUAUUUAUUAUUUUACUAUUAUUAUUUAUUAUUGAUAUUUUUUUAAUAUUUUUCCGGUAAUUAUCUAAUAUUUUUUUAAUAGUAAUACCGUUGGUUUUAUCAUAAAUAUUUGAGAGAUGAUCCUUAUGUUUUUUGGAAUAUAAAUAUUAGUAUUUCAUUUAGAAAAAUCAUUGAUACCGGUCAUUUAUUAUAUCUGUUGAUUAUAAGUAAAAUGUUUUCCAUAAUUUAUGUAUUAUAAAUGCACAUGUCAUGUUUCUUAAUUAACAGAGAAACAUUUUUUAAUGUUUAUCUCUCAAGUAUUAUAAGAAAAAAAACACACGAAUGUAAAAUUUUACAGUUUAAAUCUUUAAUCAUAAUUACAAUGAUUAACGAUCCAAGAUUUUUAAAUACUAAUUUUUAUUGAUAGUGAGUGUAUGAGUACUGACUGUGUAUGUAAGUUGUAAAUCUAAUUAAUUAAUUAAUUAUGAAUAAUUUCCUCCUAUUUUUCAUAAUUAUUUAUAAAUAUAAAUUAAAAUGAAAAAUAAAUCUAUUGAUCUAAAGUAAUUGUAGGAUCAAAUACAGUAAGUGUAUCCAAAGUUUUUGAAUUUUAUCGAUAAAAAAAAAAUGAAUAUUCUUUGAAUAAUAUUUUAUUAAUUAUUAAUCGAUGUAUAUAAAAUCGAGCAUUUGCGGUGCAAAAUAAUCAAAUUACGAAAAACAUAAAAAAUAUUGAUAACAUAAAUGUGUAUUCAUUGUAAAAGAACUCAGGUUUAAAUGAUUAUACAAAUGCCAUGAUCGUCGAUUUGUUAUCACCUCUUCGUUACACUGCUAAUUGAUAUAAGUCAACGAUAAACCGAAUAAAUUAUUUUUGGCAUUUCGAAUAA